CUAGUCCAACUGGAGUCUCGGAUGUAAACAAAACUGAAAUAAAAAACAAAAACAAGAGAGUGAAUUUAACAAUGUCGCGCGGCAACGAAUUGGUAUUCAAAGCGAAGAAAACAUCAGAGAAGAUAUCGGAGAACAUACACAUAUUCGCCAACGAUCCAUCGCUGGCGUUUUUCCGUGUGCAGGAGCACGUUCGCAAGGUUACCCCAGCGAUUUUCGAGAAACGCGAUGAAGUCUUUCAGCUGCAAAAUAAUCUCCAGGGACAUUGCUAUGAUAUGGAAUACGGCAUACAAGCGCUGCGAACGAUUGAAAAAUCGGAGAGCAUAUUUGAGAACAUCCAGGAAAUGAUCAAGGCUUCAAUAUUCCUCAAGCAGCAGCUAAAGUACGAGGAGAGCAGAAAGAAAGUGAAGAAGGAUAGCACCAAAUCUUCCGUCUACAAGCGAUUCUCCGCCCAUCUGGCACUGGAUCUCCCGGAUUUACCCGAUUUCGGUGGCGUUAUGCGGGAAACUAGCCAGCGAAUGGAGAAUAUGAUAGGUCCUGGCACGGCAACAGGACGUACUGAGGCCCAGGCCGCGACAUCCAGUAAUCCUGGCGAGCUCCAACGAUCCUAUACGACACUCCACUAGAUUAAGUAGGUUCUAGCAUUGUACUCAUAGCUAUGUAUGCAUUAUUAUUCUAAAAUACAUUUAUUUUAAUUGUAAG